AUAUAUAUUUACAAUAAUGGGUUCACGUUCGCGCAGUCCCUCGGUGAAACGUCGUCAUCACAAGAGCAAACACAAGAAACGCAGCAAAAGUAAGUCACACAACCGCGACAGGGAUCGGGACCACGAGCGCAGCAGCUGCACACGCAGCAGUCGCACGGAUAGAGACAAAUCAACAGAGAUUAACCAACACGGCCGGCGAGAGCGCGAUAGGCACCGCAGCGACAGGCACACGCACACGCACCUGCACACACACACAGAGCGAGACUAUCACCGGCACUCGCACUCAAAGUCCCGCAAACGCUCCACCUCAUCAAGUAGUGAUAGCCAACAGUACUCGGAUCAUGAGACGCAACGCAGCCGACACAAGCGCAGCCGCUUUAAGAAACUGGAUGAACAAAAUUUACUGCAGGUGGAACGACUGGCCGAAAUGGAACGGCAGCGGCGGCAAAAAGAAGCCGAGCAGAAAACAAUCGAAGAACAGGCGGCCAAACGAAUCGAAAUGCUAGUUAAGAAGCGUGUCGAGGAGGAGCUCGAGAAGCGACGCGAUGAAAUCGAACAGGAGGUGAACCGACGAGUCGACACUGCCAAAGCGGAAAUGGAACGUGAUAUGAUGCUGGAGCUGGAGAGGCGGCGCGAACAGAUACGCGAAGAAGAACGCCGUCGCGAGGUAGGUGCUCGUAUUCAGAUUUCGCUGGACGACUGCUGCUACCACAAAUACCAAAACUACCACACGCACAAUAUACAGCCUCCGACAACUACUACCGAAACACGCACACGUACAAAACAAACAGCAGUUGCAAACAGUCGUCUUGUAAACCCCAAUACGAAAUUGUGUAGCGACGUUUCCAAUUACCAACUGCAAUUGCCGGGUUCUGACGGAUCAGUGUGCCUGGGUGUGUGUGUGUGUGUGUGUGUUUGUAUAAGAGUUUUACUAAUUUCCAUUUAAUAAUCGUCAUAAAACACAGCCAUGUUCUUGCUCUAUUUUGACUAUUGAAUUUACUUCAUAGAAUGCUAAAUUACCAAUAAAACUGAAGAAACUUCGGCUAACCUUAAGCUGACUCUAUGUGAACUUCCAUAUUCUACUUGAAUCAAGAACAUGGCUAACCCACAUUGCACUGUUAACUACUAACCUUCUCUCAUGUCUGCUAACUGGUAAUUUUUCGGUUCAUAGCCGCAACACACAUCCAUACACAAACACGCUGAGCCUCUGGCCACGUCGCUGCACAGUUCGCCUAUUUCCUCUUGCCAAAUAAUUUUUGUAAUUAUUAUUUAUUUUUUCUACAAAAAAAAAAAAAGAAAUUUUUCCCUAAAGCCAAAAAAUGUGUCUUGCAGUUUUUGACGUCUCAAAAGUGCAUAAUUCUAUUUUUGCAUUACUUGCAUUAGCUUCAUCUAUCAGUUCAAUUUUAUUUUGAUUGGUUUCUGUAACUCGUUGUUGUUGUUCUUACAUAAUGCGCGAUAAUGCUUCUUUAUCGAAUGCGUGUGUGGGUGUGCGCGCGUGUGUUUAGGUGUGUGUGUGUGUAUUUGACGCGUGUGCGAGGGAACCACAAUCACAACAAACAAGCAGAACGUAAUAAAAACAUGUAAAUUUGUACAUAUACAUAACUGUAUAUGUCGACCCGCCCCACACCCGAACCUAAGCCGGACCCAGCUUUGAAGAGAAUUCGGCCACACGGAUGAGAGCAACAGCUUUCUAGGAGACAUUCAAGAUGUACCACACACAUACAUACGUAUCACGUACAUAUAUCUGUACGUAAAGUUGUCUAGUCGUAAAGUUAGUACCGUUAGCCAGUACAGAUUGGCCAAGCUUUGGGGCGGGCUUAGCAUAGCUUAGCUUAGUUCCAACUGUACGCAGCAUGCCAAAAGCCUCAAAAGAUCCCGUAAGGGGGCCUAUCCAUACCAAUAAACGGGUGAGUGAGUUCCUUAAGCAUACGAAACGUGUGAAACAACAAAAUGGAUUAACGAACUGAAGUGUCUUAAAGUGUGAACAAUAAUUGUUUAAAUGCAACGAAAAGCAUAAACAAUAUCAAAAAAAUAGACUCUAAGGACUCUAAGCUCUCCCUCUAGGAACAUUCGUCAUAGGAACACCAAAGCUGAUCAGACUUAAGAUUGUUAUCGUAACUCAUAAGCCGGAUAAACCAUUUGUCAAUGGGUAUGACUGUACUUGUUGUUGUUGUCGUGCCAAAAUGUUAAUUUUAUGUAUGUUUGUUCUUCAAACAUUUAUCGUUUAUCGAAACGCUUUUUUAUUUGUUUUCUAAACACAAUAUGUAAUGUAAUUCUGAUUAAACAACUAUGUAGCUGAAUACCGUAAAUCAAAAUGCAAAUUCGCAGCAAAGCCAAAAAUUAACAAAAUGAUUUAGCCAUUAAACUGGAAAAAUGAACUAUUUCAAUA